UUCUCUUUUCUCUUGGCGAUAUAGGGUUGGAUGUGUCCUGAACCCGCAUCAGAAAGGGAAGACUUGGUAUAUUUUGAGCAUAAGUCAGUUACUAAAUUGUGCAAGGAGCAUGAUGGAGAGUGUCCUAGAGGAGAAGAAAGCAGUGCCAGUCCUCUAGAACGGAAGAGUGACAACCCUCUAGAUAUAGCUGUAACCAGGCUGGCUGAGUUGGAGCGGAACAUAGAGCGAAGGUAUCUGAAGAGCCCCUUAAGUACCACCAUUCAGAUCAAACUGGAUAAUGUGGGCACAGUUACUGUCCCUGCUCCUGCACCAUCCAUUAGUGGUGAUGGUGACGGAAUUGAAGAGGAGAUUGCUCCAGGGCUCAGGGUAUGGAGAAGGGCAUUAUCAGAAGCUCGCAGUGCUGCACAGGUAGCUCUGUGCAUUCAGCAGUUACAGAAAUCAAUAGCAUGGGAAAAAUCAAUUAUGAAAGUUUACUGCCAGAUUUGCCGAAAGGGAGAUAAUGAGGAACUGCUGCUGCUUUGUGAUGGCUGUGACAAAGGCUGCCAUACUUACUGCCAUAGGCCCAAGAUUACCACCAUACCAGAUGGGGACUGGUUUUGUCCAGCUUGCAUUGCUAAG